AUAAAGAACUAGGUGUUUGGCGUAUUGUAAUGGGACCCUCUUGCCACAAGGGUGCGAUAUCAUUCUGUCCGACUGUUAAUCAAAUAUGCUUAGCGUAACGUUAUGACCGUGGUUGAAUAACGAAUUCCUCAUUGAUUGAUUAUAUUAAGUGAUUCAGAUCCCAUAUUGAUAAAUGCGCUCACAGCAGAGAUGGUGGUACUUGACUAGUAAUCAGAAGGAUGCCAAUUAAAGCCCCACGACCGCCACCACUGGGCUCCUAUAGCGAAUAUAAUUUGUCGCUUUGGAUAAAACCGUCGGAUAAAUCGUAAGAUUAGAAAUAGCUGCUCUUUUUUUCUGAAAAUUGUCGGUGUUGUCGUUUAACAUGCUUUUAGAUAUUCAUUUUUGUUAUUUUUCAAAACAAUUUUCACUUUGGAAAAAAAAGCUGUCGCUGUCGUCGAUUUACAUUAUUUUAAUGGUAAUUACAUCUAUUAAAGCAUCUUAAUGCGAUUUCUAAAUUGGGAGCAACCUCUUCUUUCCCAUCCAUCUUUACCGGCGCUCUGGAUUGAGUAUCACGUUUUACUUUACAGAAUUUGCUGAAAGCAGAGAUUAAAUGUGUCUAACAUGUCCUGACAGACUUGAUGCUGUUGAUAUAUUACUAGCACAGCAGGACCUGCCCAUUCACACUACCAUUCUGCAGGCUUGCCCAAGGGUGUGGUGGAACCUUCUGUCUGUGUGGUAUUGGAUGUUUGUUACUGGAAUUUGUUCUUUGGAGUUUUGCCUGCUUUGGGAGAAAUGGUAGUGUCAAAACUCAUGUUCAAUGCAUGUCAUAUCAAACUUUAAAAAUGCAACUUGUUUUAUUUAAGGAGUUAGAUGUCUGGUUUGUCAAACCUUCAAUGUCAGAAAAUAAAAGGCAGCUUCUGUGGACCUAAAUAAGUCAUCAAAUACUUAUACAAAACAAGCUUACAAGCUCAUAUUUACUCUAUCUGCCAAAUAUAUUGAUUAAAAUAUGUUAUGAGUUGUUACAUUGUGGAUCUCAAAUAUCAUUGCCUUGUCGCGCACCAGAGGGUGUGCUUUGGAGCGUCACAUGGGCGUGAAUCACCUCAAGGUGUAGGCAGGUUUACCUUUGCGUACGACGAGGGUCAGAUCUGAGAAAGUUACUCGUCUCUAAAACUGCGCUGCCGUAGCCUGACUCUAGAUGCGAAGUCUAAACGAAUCUGUUUACCAAACCAUGACGCUUGAACCUUUAAAGACAGCGAUGUCGGCUAACGAUGUUGGGGAGACAUCUCUUGCUUUGCCGUCUGAUCGAGGUGUACGGUCCGCACAGCAGAGAGUAUUGGAUCAAGUUUCUACACUAAAAAGAAGCAGGUCAAAAUAUCGCAGCAAAAGUGCAUCCGGAACUCUGUCCCCCAGCAGCCCUCCUUUUGACAAUGCGUGUAGUGACCACAAGCUCUUCUAUACUUCCAAUGGAUUGGAAGGCUCCGCAAAUGGACAUGUAAAAAUGAAGCAGGGCUUCAAAUACAAGACCAUCAGCAGCUGGGGCUCAGGCAGUCAGAGGAAUCCCAGCCUCAGCAUGUUUCCCAGCAGCCCCCCACCUGUCAGCCUACCCCAAGUCCAGACAGACGGCAUCAUAGGCACCAUCCCCAAACUGUCUCCUUUUGGCAAGAUGGAGAGGAAGCCCACUUUAAUUACAUCCAACAGACCUGCCAGUCAAAUCCCAGUGAAUGGCUCUGGAGGGACAAAGGUCAAGGGCGAUAUAAUCUGGAAGACUGAAGAGAAACGUGCGCCUGAUAUUACAUUAAAGGAGGCGGUGGACUGCCUCCUCAGCUCAGAUGAGAACUAUCAACUAUGUGGAGCUUCCUUUAUACAGCACUGCACGUUCACAGACGACAAUGCCAAGAAAGAGGUACUGAAACUGGGUGGCAUACCUCAUCUGGUGUCCCUGAUGGGCAGCCCCAGCCCGCCAGUUCAGCAGACGUCUGCAGCCGCUCUGCGAAACUUGGUGUUCAGGGACCUGGCCAGCAAGGAGGAGGUGCAGAAGUACAGAGGGGUGGCACAGGCUGUGCAGCUGCUGCAAGAAACUGACUUGGCUGAGACUCAGAAACAUGUGACAGGUCUUCUGUGGAACCUGUCCUCAGUGGACAGCCUGAAGCCCGAUCUGCUCCGCAGUGCUCUGCCUGUUUUCACCAAGUCGGUCCUGGAGCCGUUCGCUGCCACACCGGAUCACAUCAGCAAACCCGAGCAGGAUGGCGAAGCCUUCCACAAUGCUACAGGAUGCCUUCGAAAUCUUAGCUGUGGUAGACAGACGAACAGACAAGCCAUGCGCAACUGUAAGGGCCUGGUUGACUCACUCAGCACCUACAUUCAGAACUGCGUGUCCACGGGAGAUACAAAUGAUAAGUCUCUGGAGAACUGUGUGUGUAUUCUGCACAACCUCACCUACCAGCUGGAGACAGAGUCACCAACCGUUUUCAGCAAAAUGAACGCUCUGGCCAGCCAUGCUAACCGCACUGCUAACAUGGCAGACACCGGCCCAAUCAGCUGUUUCAGCAGCCAGAGCCGCAAGAUCCAGCAAGAGAGCCACUUUGAUUACCCAGUGAUGGAGGAGAAUUUCCCCAAAGGUCAGAACUGGCUCAUCCAUUCACAAGCACUGCAGUCCUAUCUCACCCUGAUGGGCACCAGCGAGAAUGAGGCUAUCAGGGAGGCAUGCUGUGGCGCUCUCCAAAACCUCACGGCCAGCAAAGGCAUCGUGUCGGAUGUUUUGAGUCAGACCGUCGUGCAGAAGCUGAAUGGUCUUCAGCACAUCUCUCCCCUGCUAGGGUCAGACAACCCGACCUUGAAGAGUCAUGCCAUCUCCCUGCUAGGGAACCUCUCCCGAACCCCACAAGUGCACAGCAACAUUGCUCGUCAGGUUCUUCCACAGCUCAUGAACACUCUAAGAUCCAGCAUCUCGCAGGGGGCGGACCUUACCCCUGAGUCUGACAGCACCAUGGCCACAGCCUGUAACAUUGUAAGCAACCUGAUAAGGGCAGAGCCCGAUAUGGCAAAGCAGUGGCUGGAUAAGAGCCUGAAUAAGAGCCUGAUCAACCCGCUGAAUAGCCUGAGUCAAAACACAAACUUGCCCCUGUCCAGUACGGCCGCAGCAGUUCUCCUACACAGCCUCUGGUCAGACAAGAACAUUCAGAGUAUCCUCAGAAAGCAAGGGCUGAAUAAGAAGUUAUUUGUGAAUGACAUAACUUCAGCUGCUAUCAAGUCUAUUCAAAUUGUUGAGUGAAAGUCAUCUAGCAAGACAUUAUGUGCAUUAUAUAUGUUGCCACAGAACAGGUUAACAAAAAUGAAUGCUGGCUAACUACAAGAGCACAUGUAAAUUAUGUAUUCUUGUCAGUAAAUCUCUCUAAAACCUCUCUAAAACAUGCUCUGCAAAGUGCAGAAGUGCAAAGGUAAAGAAAAAGGACCAAAAGAAAAUGUAAAUGCAUGGUAGAUGGAUAGAUAAAAACUAAUUUAUACAGUUUUCCACUUACUGUUACAUUAUAUGCAUUAGAUAGUUAAUGCAUAUUUGGUGUCUGACGUUUCAUUUAAUAUUUGUGCACUGAAGCUAUAAGUCUAGCUGACAUCAUAAUUUUUCACCCAAAAUCUUUUCUGUAAAUACAUUCUUCAAUUGCCCACAUGGAAUAACAGAACGUUUAAGUGAGGUAACACAGACUUGACGAAGUGGUUUAGCACAUGAUUACUGUAAUCUAGCAAAAUUAAGCUACACAGUGUAGCAAAGCACUGUAACAUUGACCUGGAUAACUGAAUUCAAUGUCUAGUUACUUCCGAUUGGUGUGUGGUCUGUAUGCUGGUACACUAGCUAGUGCGUUCUAGUAUGAAGUGUGGCUCGUGUAUACCCGUCAGUAUGCGGGUAUUCAGUACAGUUAAAGCCGUUGCGAAUGGAAUGCAUCAUGACAUAAUCAUUUUCCUUUUAUUACUUUCUGGGUACAAUGCAGAUACACCAGUUGGGCUAUCGCUACUUUCUUCGUUUGAAAGUGAAAUUGUAUCAGAAAGUACGGAUAGGACCUAUGCAGGUAUAAUGCAGGCUAGUGCUAAUUUGAACUUAAGUUUGUAAAAAUGAACAAUCCAUGAUAUUUUUCCAAAAUUGUUUUUCAUGUUUCUUUUGUAUAAACAUUACUUUAUAAAAACAACCUGCAUUUACAUAAAAAUGACAUUUUAAGCAAAUAAUGACUUGAUCAUGUAUUUCCAAAAGAUUUUGGGUGAAUUUUUCCAUUACUGUGCAAAACUAGUAAGGAGUAAGGAAAUGUUGGACAUUUCUGUGCUGGUCAACAAUAUUUAGGGUUAGUGGGAAAUUGUCAAUUUGAUUUUUUGCCAAGUCAUUUAUUUAAAUUUGCUUCACAACUUCGAGUUUGCAGAGCAAAUAGUAAUAUUCUCUUUUUGUCUGUCUGUGCAAUUUCAUGUUGAUUUCAUUGUUGCAUGAAAGUGGAGUAACAAGAGGCUACACCCUGUGUUUUUAUUUUUUGUUAAAAGGGCAGUAUGUUUAUCAUGCAGUUUCAAAUUUCUUUUUAAUAUAGAUGUCUUAUUUGAAUAGAAGAUGAAUAAGAUAUGCCUGCAAUUAAGGGGGAUUUUUAUUGCCACUUAUGUUUUUAUUUUUAAUACUUUGUACUUUUGUUUGAACUGAAUAACAUCAAACAUUAUUUGGGUUUUGGCUCCUGCUGACCAGUUAAGAUUAGUAUUAGGAUGAGGUAACCUAUCAUAACACAUUUACUAUCGUUUUCUUGCUUUGUUUUUUCCUGAAGCAUAGCCUUUUAUUAGUUUUACCUUGCUGUUUAAAGUGGGGUUGUAGUCUGUGAUUUUCAUUGCAGUCUCAUGUGCCGGUUGCUUAGGUUUGUAUAGCAGACACCAAAUAAAGUUUUUCAAAAAGG